AUGGAAAUUGAAGUUGAAGAAGAAGAAGAAGUGGUACACGAGGAGGAACAAACAGAUCAACUUCAGAAGGUAGAAGAAGAAGAAGAAGAAGAAAAGGAGGAGGAAGAAGCAGAAGAAGAAGAAGAAGAAGCAGAAGAAGAAGAAAAACAUUACAAUCUACGAACCAGAAGAAAACUACCUGUUCAAAUUGAAGCUCCGAAACUAAAACCACGUUCACGUCGAACUGUCAAUAGAGCGGCUGAAGUUGAUUCAACUUCCUUGGUCAAAUGCGAAACGGAAGAAAACCAAGCAUCAUCGUCAACUCGAACGCUUCGAUCAAGAUCACAAUUAGCGGUGCCCGCUGUUAAAACAAGAUCAAUAUAUGCCACAACGACGAGCACAACGGUGCGCUCCAUUCAAUAUGCUGAAAUAAAAGAACUGAUUGAAGAACGUAUCAACAACCAUCAUCAAACGGAGAAAGCUGCACGUUAUUUGUGCAAUUCAGAAGAAGAAGUGGAUAUUAUUGAAUUAUUGACGUCAUUGGAUGAAUUGAGUGCUCAACCAAAAUCAGGGAAACUAUUAAAAGCACUUACUGAACGUCAAUCGACACAAGCACGGUUUUUAACUGCACGAGACUUUGAAGAUGGAUCUCUUGCAUGGAAAAAGCUUAACAAUAAACCGGCAGUUUAUGCAGUAACCGUAUGCAUACCUCGUCCGGUUUACAAUUCCAUGAUGGAUGAUGAAACACUUCGAAAUUCAAGAGUUUUACAAACUGCUUUCUUCGAUAAAAUGGAACCAGUUGUUCAUCUUCGUGGCAAAAUUGCUGCAAAAACGCAUGAGACAAAAUGCAAACCAAUCGAAGGUUCCAAUAAUACGAUCACAAACGGUUACGAACUUGCCGUUGCAAAAACGCAUGCAACUUUGUCAGCAACACGCAUUGGUCCCGAUGGUCGUUCAAUAACAGGAUAUGAUAUUAUAAUGUAUUACAAAGCUAUUGACAAAAAUAUGUCUGCGGCAAAGCCAAAACCAAAAGCUGGCGCUUCUUCAGUUUCAAAGCUCAAAUCAACAACUACCGUAACAACUUCAAAAACAAGUAACGAAGGAGCGUCAUCAUCAAAACCUCACCCACUUGGCAGUACAAAAUCCGAAAAACAUUUACACACUACAACACCUGUUGUCAAGGACUCUGCCAUCACACAAUCGACAGCUCCGAAACCAAGUAAAUUCUAUUUUGCUUGUCGAAACAACGACAUCGAUACAGUUACUUCAUUACUUCCAACAAUUACGCUCGAAGGAAUCAAUCAAAUUGAACCGAAUGGCUCCACUGCUCUGCAUGCUGCUGCUUACUAUGGAAAUAAGGAGAUAGUCAAAUUGCUUUUAUCGAAAGGUACUCAACGGAUGAUUAAAAAUGUUCAUGGUUACACACCGUAUGAUGAAGCUAAAACAGGAGAUAUAAAAAAGUUAUUUCAACGCGUAGAAGCAUCUGGAUCGGAACCAAGAAAUCGAUUUGCUGGUGUAAAAGGUCCUUCAUAUGAAUGGAUCUUCGUCAAAAGUGAUCCUUCGAGCUAUGCUUCAUUCAAUCGUGAAAGUUUAUGGAAAUGUCGAAAUGACGAAGAAUUUGAUCGUUUAUGCCGUGGAAUUCAACAAUACUAUAUCAAUGAGAAUGGUCCCUUGGCCGAUGUAGAACCUAUUGAAUCAGUUCGUUUAUUUAUUGAUACAGCAAUUAAAAACAAUGAUCCAACGCAGGUUGUUCGUGCAUAUACAGCAGAGACUGGCUUUUACAAUCGAGUUAACACAGACCUUGCUCAAAUCCCUGCUCAUUGGUCUGGAACUAAACAUGAACGAAAUAUUGCAUAG